AUGGCGUUACGUGGUCUUAAAGUACUUGAAUUAUCCGGUUUAGCACCUGUUCCAUUUUGUGGUAUGCUUCUUGCUGAUUACGGUGCUUCUGUAAUACGUAUCGAACGAACAGAUGAUCGGAAAAAUGCUAAACUCGAUAAACUUGCUCGAGGCAAACGAUCAAUUUCAAUUGAUCUUAAAAUAUCAACAGGAAUUGAUAUAUUGCGACAUUUAUCAUCGACAGCUGAUGUUCUUAUCGAACCAUUUCGACCAGGUGUUAUGGAAAAACUUGGUUUAGGUCCAGAUGUUUUACUAAAAGAUAAUAAACGUCUUAUUUAUACUCGUGUAUCAGGUUACGGACAAGAUGGUACUUUAGCAAAGAAAGCUGGACAUGAUAUUAAUUACUUGUCAAUCAGUGGUUUAUUAUCCAUGUUUGGAAGAUCAAAAGAAAAACCAUAUGCACCUAUUAAUCUAGCAGCUGAUUUUGCUGGAGGUGGUUUAUUAGCUGCUUAUGCAAUUAUGGCUGCUUUAUUUGAACGACAAACUACAAAUCAUGGACAAGUACUUGAUUUAUCACUUGCUGAAGGAUCAGCUUAUGUUAGUUCAUGGAUGUGGGCUUCACGCGAUCUACCUAUGGUAUGGUUUGGUGAUAAACGUGGUGAAAAUCUUCUUGAUGGUGGCGUUCAUUUUUAUGAUACAUAUGAAACAUCCGAUGGACUUUAUAUAGCUGUUGGUGCACUUGAACCACAAUUUUAUAGUCAAUUGCUUAUUGGACUUGGUCUUGAUCCGAAAGAUGAAAAUCAUAAUCAAAUGAAUAUUCAUGAAAUGAAAGAAAAAUUUGAGCAAAUUUUUAAAACAAAAAGUCAAAAACAAUGGACAGAAAUAUUCGAUAAAUUAGAUGCUUGUUGUACACCUGUACUGAGCUGGGAUGCAGCACAUCAACAUGAACAUAAUCAACAAAGAAAAAAUUUUGCAUCAACAAAUGAAAAUAAGGAUAAACUUGUUCCAACCAUAGCUCCGAGAUUUUCAUCAUCGAAAUUACCAUCUAUUGAUCGACCAUCUCCACAUUCAGGUGAACAUACUAUUGAGAUCUUACGUGAAGUUGGUUAUAGUAAAGAAAAUAUUGAAGAAUUUAUUAAAAAGAAUAUUGUGCAAAGUGUUGAACGAUCGAAAUCAAAAUUAUAA